GCACCGCGAAAUGGCUGGGAGGAAGGACGAGCAGAGAGGGGGCGCGCCCCUGAUGGCGGAAGGCAAAUCGGAGGAGGAGGAGGUUAAGCUCAUUCUGUACCACUGGACGCAUUCCUUCAGCUCUCAAAAGGUGCGCUUGGUAAUUGCUGAAAAGGCAUUGAAGUGCGAGGAACAUGAUGUAAGUCUGCCCUUGAGUGAGCACAAUGAGCCUUGGUUUAUGCGUUUGAACUCAACUGGAGAAGUGCCUGUCCUUAUCCACGGGGAAAACAUUAUUUGUGAGGCCACUCAGAUCAUUGAUUAUCUUGAACAGACUUUCCUGGAUGAGAAAACACCCAGGUUAAUGCCUGAUAAAGGAAGCAUGUACUACCCACGGGUGCAGCAUUACCGAGAGCUGCUUGACUCUUUACCAAUGGAUGCCUAUACGCAUGGCUGCAUUUUACAUCCGGAACUAACUGUGGAUUCCAUGAUCCCAGCUUAUGCAACAACACGGAUUCGCAGUCAAAUAGGUAACACAGAAUCCGAACUGAAGAAACUUGCUGAAGAAAAUCCAGAUUUACAAGAGGCCUACAUUGCAAAACAAAAACGUCUUAAAUCAAAGCUACUUGACCAUGACAAUGUCAAAUAUUUGAAGAAAAUUCUGGAUGAGUUGGAGAAGGUUCUGGAUCAGGUUGAAACUGAGUUGCAAAGGAGAAAUGAAGAAACUCCAGAAGAGGGCCGGCAGCCUUGGCUCUGUGGAGAAUCCUUUACGCUUGCCGACGUCUCACUUGCCGUCACACUGCAUCGCUUGAAGUUCUUGGGGUUUGCAAGGAGAAACUGGGGAAAUGGAAAGCGACCCAAUCUGGAGACCUACUACGACCGUGUCUUGAAGAGAAAAACAUUUAACAAGGUUUUAGGACACGUCAACAAUAUAUUAAUCUCUGCAGUGCUACCGACGGCAUUCCGGGUGGCCAAGAAGAGGGCCCCAAAAGUUCUUGGCACCACCCUUGUGGUUGGUUUGCUUGCAGGGAUGGGAUACUUUGCUUUCAUGCUUUUUAGAAAGAGACUUGGCAGCGUGAUACUAGCACUUAAACCGAAACCAAAUUAUUUCUAGGCUCACAGAGAUCAGUUCAUCCAGCCAUUCAGCUAGACACU